AUGACCACCCAGAACACGACUGGAGAUGAGCUUUCCCGUCAGACUUCAUCAGCGAAAAGUCCUCAGCCCAACAAUAAAGUCUUCCCCUUCCUCGACCUCCCGGCAGAAAUCCGCCUCCUGAUCUACCAACCCAUCCUCCCCCAAAAAGUCAGAGUGAAACCCGUGAGCCCUUUCCUCUCGACCCUCGGAUCCCGCAACGACCGCCUCGCCCUCCUCCGGACGUGCCGCCAACUCCGCCACGAAGCCCGCCCCCAGCUCUUCAGCGACGGCACCGUCACGUUCGACUGCCACGACGAAGUCUGCGCGCGCUGCUUCCUCGGUUGGAUCGACGGCGUCGGCGACGGACCCGUGUCGAGGCUGAAGCGCUUCGACAUCGUCGCCGUGGACGGGGAGCGCGUCGUCAGGGCUACGGUUCGGGCCGCGGAAGCCGGCGCCGUCGUCACGGGUGCUGCGGUUGGGGUUUUCCGGGGGGGAGGAAAUGUGUCGCCGACGCGCGGACGGCGCGGUGUGUUGCGUGGUUUGAAUACGAGGGAGUGGACGGGGUCUUUCUCCGUGGCAGAUGUGAAAACGAUUGUCUAUGCUGUUGGAGGGUGUAUGGGAAUCCGCGAUUUGCAACUAGGCUGGCCGGGUCAAGGGAGAUUUCUGGGCUUGGUGAAUUUCCGGAGCUGGUUUUUCUAG